GCCAUCUUUAGCUUGAGAAACAGCGCCCUCUGGCGGCGGUCGCGUGGAAACGCAUCGAGUGCGUAACUUGAAUUUGGUGUGUGUACAAGUGGAAAAAAAAAAAAGAGAGAGAGAGAGAGAGAGAGAGAGAACGGGGCGGGUAGGCGAGAAGAGGAGAGGAGACGAUCUGCUGCUAGCACCGUGCCGCCCGAACUCAAACUGCAAGAAGCAGCAGCUCCACCACCACCACCACCACCAUCGCUUAGCUACACGGAAACGCCAACGCAGGGGAACGGCUUCGUCUUCUCCUCUCUCUCUCUCUCUCUCUCUCACGCACUGUGCACAAGGAAAACUGGUCUGCUGAGUUAUUUGGAGACGGCGGACGCUGACCAUGAAGCGAAGCCGUGUUCCCAGCACCAGUGAGGAGUCUGAUAAUGGAAGUAAUUGCACAUCAUGGUCUCAGGUCUCAAAAUCCCAUCACAGGAGGCGAGAUGGAAAGAGACCGUCAGAGGUAUUCAGGACCGAUUUCAUCACAGCGAUGAAGCUUCACGAUUCAUACCAGCUCAACCCAGAGGAUUAUUACGUGCUUUCUGAUCCCUGGAGGCAGGAAUGAAAAGGUGUUCAGGUCCCCGUGAGCCCGGAGUCCAUCCCCGAGCCUGCAGUACGCGUCGUAUUGGAGAAAUCUUCCAGCAUGUUGUUCACGAGACCGAAGAAGCUGAUUCGUUCUUGGGGGCCUGAGGCGUCAGUGUUGGGGUACGUGGGUAUCGGGACGCUCUCUGAGGGAACGUGCCGGUACGACCUGAACGAGGAAGACGUCGCCUGGCUGGAGGUGGCUAACGGAGAGUUCACACAGAUGGGCAUGCAGGUGCUGGACGAGAACACCAUGGAGAGACUCAUGGAGGAGUUUGAGCGCCGUUGCUAUGACAACAUGAACCACGCAAUGGAAACGGAGGAGGGGCUCGGGAUCGAGUACGACGAGGACGUGGUGUGCGACGUGUGUCAGUCACCUGACGGAGAGGACGGCAAUGAGAUGGUGUUUUGCGACAAGUGCAACAUAUGUGUGCAUCAGGCGUGUUAUGGCAUCCUGAAGGUUCCAGAAGGCAGCUGGUUGUGUCGGACAUGCGCGCUGGGCAUCUCACCCAAAUGCCAGCUCUGCCCGAAGAAAGGCGGAGCCAUGAAACCCACCCGCAGUGGCAGCAAGUGGGUCCAUGUGAGCUGUGCUCUGUGGAUACCAGAGGUGAGCAUAGGUAACCCGGAGAAGAUGGAGCCCAUUACGAGUGUGUCUCAGAUCCCAAAUAACCGAUGGGCUCUAAUUUGCUGCCUGUGUAAAGAAAAGACCGGCGCUUGCAUACAGUGUUCUGCUAAGAGCUGCCGCGUGGCUUUUCACGUUACCUGCGGCCUUCAGCAUGGCCUGAAAAUGAACACCAUUCUGACAGACGAGGACGAGGUCAAGUUCAAAUCCUACUGUCCCACGCACUCGGGCUUGGACUGGCACGAGCAGAGCGGCCUGAUAGACGACAAAGGGAGGGCGAAAGGAGCGGACGGAGCGCGACUCAGCGAGAGAAAGCUGCGCGUACAGCAGCUGGAGGACGAGUUUUACCGAUUCGUCAACAUAGAGGAAGUCUCCAAACACCUGCAUGUGCCACUGGAGAACGUGGAUUUCCUGUUUCAAUACUGGAAGCUGAAACGCAAAUCGAACUUCAACCAGCCGCUCGUCACACCCAAGCGAGAGGAAGAGGAAAGCCUCACCCGCCGAGAACAGGAAGUGCUGCUUCGCAGGCUCCGCCUUUUUACCCACCUGCGACAAGAUCUGGAAAGGGUGCGGAACCUGACCUACAUGGUGACCCGACGGGAGAAGAUCAAACGGUCUGUGUGUCGAGUGCAGGAGCAGAUUUUUCAUCAUCAUGUCCGGCUACUGGAGCAAGGCAGACUCGCUGGCGUAUCUUCCACCAGGCAAUUAGAGGAGGCCAUGUUUUACUUCCGGGUCGCACCCUCGUCAUCCACUUCUCCCCAACCUUUGAGAGGUCACACGGCUCAGAACAGCGCCACCGAGCUGUCGCUGAGAAAAAGCGCCUCUCGGCACGGAGGCUCCAGACGAGGCCAGAGCGAAGCGGACGAGUCGGUCAAGAUGGACGCAUCCCUACUGUGUAAACUGUCUAGCUCAGAGGGCGUCCAGAAUUCCGGCUGCGGUGGGAAUGAAACGGAAGCGAGCGAGACGGAGCAGCCGAGGGGAGAGCGCAGGAAAAGGAGGAGGAGCAGGAUUUGGGAUCAGCUACCAGAUCGAAAGAACCCAGCGUCAAAAGUAAUAGACGAGACUGUGCAGAACAGUGUAAUGGAUCAUAUGGCCAUGUCUGAUAGCAAAGCGGCGGAAAUGAAAACUUCGGUCACGGUGCAGGACGUGUACAACGGGUCUCUUCGGAGGAUGAAUUCGAGUCAGCAUCAGGGAAAGACGAUGUCAGAAAAAGUGUCCAACGUCAAAAACUGGGGGAGUUUCCGCAUUCCAAAACGCAACGACAGCAAAGGGGCGGAAGGGGAGCAGGAAACGGAGGGGAGAGACUUUACCCAUUCUCAUCCCAUCAGAUCUCUAGAGUCAAGCCACACCCCCACCUCCCCUCCAAUCAGAACUCGGCUGAGGAUGGGCACGGAGAACCGUGACCUCGGCCCGGAGGCCGACCACAGCCAAUCAGAGCAGAAGAAAAGAUGCCACACCCAGCGACUUCGAAGUCAUGACCCGGUGACACAACGGUACGGCUCGGAGGUUUUGCGGCGUGGAGUUCUCGCGUCAUGAAAUGACACGUGAAAACUUUAUGUGAAGUUAUGUGUCAAAUUACUUUUUCUUGUGUAAUCCAAAUAAAAGCAGCACUUAGAGGAGCCGCAUGUAAGAUUGUCCUUGGCAUUCAGAUUCCGCGCGUCAGAUUUUAGUGUUAUUUACCAACAGUGAAGUAUUUCGUUCCUCCUUCUGUUUCUGAACCUCAUUCCAGCGCCGAGACGCUACCGUACCGGACAGUCUGAUCAUACACACACACUUGUACUCAAAUAGCUUGUGACUAGGGAAAUCUAUUGCUGUUAUAAAAAUACAGCAGACUUUUAGCUUCGCAGUAAUCUUACAUGUAGCUCCUUUUAAGCUUCUGUUACCGGACAGGUAUUUAUUUUUCUAUUUCAUAUCUUUCUCGAUGCUGCUUCUUUUCUUUCAUUUUUUUUUUGUACUUCAUUUAGCCGGCUUUUCCUUUAUUUUCCUCUACGAUCGCCCGCUACGAUGCAUAGUGCAUAUGACAAGGUCUCAGAGGCUGAAUGCUAAGCUUGUAAUCAAAGACAAUGAAAUUAGUUUAGAUACUUAGCUCAUUUUUAUGUUGGAAACCUGUCAGACGGAAACAAAAAACAUGAUUUCGCGGAUUUUGUUCGUUUCGUUUUCUUGAUUAUGAGUUGCUUACAGCAGUAGUGUUGAACACUGGUCUGAAAUCAAGUGAUGAAACUCGCUGACUCGUACAAUCGUGACUAGCACUUAGUUCAGUAGGUUCCAGUGUCGAGGCCUGGGGAAUUCCUACACUGCACAGAUUUGUGUUUUUCUCACCCCCGUUAGUAAGUAGGAAGAUACAAACCCCACCCAAACACCCCCCCCAACACCGCCCAACCCCAGGGAUUGAGAACUGAUUUGGUUACAUACAUGUGUAUUUUUUUAGUGGUAUUAUCAAAUAGAUCAAUUUGUCCUGCAUCCCACUUGUUUUCAACCUGCCCUUGUUGACUUCCUGUCCCGAUGUUAGCGUGUCCAUCCGUCAUAUCUCGGCAUACACUCUUCCUAGCAAGCACAAUGUACCUAAAGAGAGCCUCAUAGCAAUUUUACUCUAUUUGCGUUAAACUAUGCACACAUCGGCAUAAAACCCAAUUUGAAUAUUCGUAUAUUUCGGAAUAUAAAUAAUUUUAUCGCCUCCCCCGUGUUUGUUUUUAAACUUUUUCAAUUCUGUACGUUCUCUUCACUCAAUCUCUCACCCUUACUUCAGCUAAUAAAGUAUUGAAAAAAAUAUCAUGAGGGAAAAAAUUCAAGGCGGAGUCAACUAGGGCACGUGGAAAAACUAUUUGGAUUGAAGCCUUCCAGACUAGGCUCAAAUUAGUCGUGUUUUUUUGUUUUGUUUUUUAAACAUUUAUAAUCUGCAUUUAUUUCUGGGGUAGUACAAUUAAUUCCACGAUCUACCCACAAAACUAUUUAUAAAUUAAUUUAUUUUGUUUUUUUGUUUUCUUUUCCUAUGUAAAGUGGCUGUGGCACUCUGUUUUGUGGUCAUAGCAUCUUUCUAUCCUCAGGUAAAUCUUUAUUUUGUGCACUUCGGGUUUUUUUUUUUUUCUUUCCCCCAGAUUUAACAACGAAGUCUUGACUAGAGAUUGUUCACUUGGUGAACCAAGUUCACCAAGUGACCUGUUUCAAAAUUUUUCUUUUUAGGGGGGUAAAAAAAAAACUUAUAAAAAAACUUUUUGUCACAUUGAAAUAACUGUGCUUUAAACUUUAACAGCAUCUUAUCUAUAUGAGAACAGAUUAAGAGGCUGCUCUCAUUCUCUUCCCCUUCUUCAAAACCUUUACACUGAUCUUGUGGGAUCGAUCAAUCAUCAGUCAUCUCCCUGCUGUUCUGGUCACUGAACUGAACACAUAGUUCUCAAGACUGAGCUCAAUGUUCAUGUAAUCCACCCCAAACAUUUAUUUUGGCUUCUUUGAAUAAAGUUAAGAAUGUCUUUUUAAAAAAAAAGUGUCCUCCAUUUAAAAUGGGUUUCAUGUUGCACUAAGUUGUAAAGAAUGAUUCAAAGAAAGUUCAAAUUUGUGCCACAAAUGACUGAAAUGAUGAUGAAAUUUUGGGGCGUUUUCCUAAACUUAAGCUUCACUACUUUGUCAGCGUUGCCUUUGGUCAGUAAAAAAAAAAAAAAAAGUUUAGAUUUGCACUUGGAUGUUUUCUUCGUUUUUUUUUCUUUUGUUUGUUUGUUUGUUUGUUGUUUAUGCUAAUUGCAAGCAGACUUCUGAGAGGUCUGUGUUGAUCUCGUGCCUGUGUGGCUUUGGUUAACAUGUUGCACUAGAAUAGAGCAAUGCAGCGCAGCUUGACUAUGUUCUCUAAAAAGUUAUUUUUCACAUACAAAGAGACCUUUUAUAUGAACAUGUGCUGCUGUAUUUUUUUGUUAUGCAUCUAUUUUGUGAAUAAACCCCUUUGAGAUUAAA